GCGGGGGGGCGUGGCCGUUGUGGCGCCGCGCCUCCCGAUUGGCUGCCCUCGCGGCUCUCCGGCCUCUCCAAGAUGGCGGCGCCCAGCUCUUUCCUCAACUGCGAGGAGUACGCCGAGUUCCAGGAGUUGCUCAGGGUGAUGAGAACCAUCGAUGACAGAAUAGUCCAUGAAUUAAACACCACUGUCCCAACAGCUUCUUUUGCAGGAAAAGUUGAUGCUAGCAAAACGUGUAAAGAACUUCAUCAGUCGCUGGCACAGGCUCAUGAAAGUAGAGAGAGAAUAAUCAAAACCUGUAUUGCCCAAGCUUCCAGUGUAGUAGAAUCUUUGCAGGAAGAGAGGAGGAAAUCUCUGGAGGAUACGGCAUUGUUAAAAAGGCUCAGGAAAGAGCAGACAAAGUUGAGAUUAAUGCAGUCAGAGUUGAAUGUUGAAGAAGUGGUAAAUGAUAGAAGCUGGAAGGUAUUUAAUGAACGCUGCAGGGCUCAUUAUAAGCCUCCGAAGAGUCAGUGACGCAGAGGAGGGGAUGUCUUCCCCUGAAAGUGAACUUCAAUCAUGCAAAUAAGAGAAGAAACAUGGAACAAGCUACUUGGGACCUUUUGAGGGGGGGAAAUCAGAUCUGUGGGGGUCAGCCCAGUGAAUCAUUUUGCUAAUUAAGAUAAAUCAACUGCUAUUUUGUAUGGAAAGAAAUUUUUUUUUAUUAAAGAAAAGAAAAAACCAGAUGGAAUGUGAUGCCAGCAUUUUAACUUCAGCAUUUCCAGAUCUGCAAGUAUCCUUUAGACAGGAUGAGAGAAUAAUGUCUCUUUCUCUCCUUGGACCACAAAGUUUCACCUUUUUAUUUUGGUUUCCAGGAUGGCUAAAUUUGGGCUGUAUCAUCUGGCCUAGUUCUAAAACUGGCAUAGGUCUUAAAAGAUUACUGCUGUGAUAAAAGGAAGUUAAUAGGUAAUACUUGAUACAAACUGGGAAUUUACCUUUUAACUACAUGUAGCAUUCUGUAAACAAAUCCAAUUUUGACUGGCAAUGUUGUCAGUUUAAACUGUGGACUCCAUUUGCACAUAUCCAAUGGUGCCAGUUGUGAAUUGCUUUAUAGUGGACACUUUUGGAGUGUGGAUGUUGACAUCUAUAUCUUUUUGGCUUGGAUGCUGAAAUAAUUGGAGAGUGAAAGAUAUUAAACUCAUGAAUUUGCUACAUGAAGCAAAUACUGAAUGCCUCUCAUCAAUUUCACGGAUGACAUGCCAAUGUGGACAGACCUAUAGGUAAAUUCACUUCAUAUCAUGUUAACUAUAAGUCUCUCUUUAUAAGUGACCUUACACAGCAUAAUUACUCGCCUGCGGAAAUAGCAGAUUUCCCCCCCCAAUAUGUCAACAGAGUUUCUUGAAAUUAAGUCCUAUUGAUCAAGUUCUAGAAGAGUCACAGUUCUAAUUCAUGGGAGAGAAAAAGGUGUGUGUGUGUGUGUGUGUGUGUUAAAUUGAACUCGAGAGAAUUUGCCUUCGUUAGAUGUAACUGUCUGAUAUUCAAAUCAAGAAAAUUUACACUGCUCAACAGCUGGACAACAUGA